GUCACCGUUUGUUUGCGGAAGCGCAGAUUUUUAAAAAUCAAUUUUAAAGAUUCCAUCUCUUUUAUUACACUACAAACAAUAUAUUAUGGAAUGCAAGAUAAAUAAAGUAAUGCAUGCGAUAACAAGCUAAUAUCUAAUAAUAGUUAUGGCUCAGGGUGGGGUCAGUUUCUUGGGGGACUCAGGAGGGAGGAUGGCAGAUCAAGGAAUAGAUCAUUCCAUCUUGGAGCGUUUAACACAACAGACGCAACUGCAAAAGAUGCUGACUGAUGAGAAGUUACUGAAGGAAAGACAUAAAGCCAAUUACCUGGAACUCAAGGCAGAAUUUACCAGGUGCCAAGAUGAGAACCACACUCUGCAAGGUGACUUGGGCACAGUCAUGGAAGAGAUGAAACAAAUGCAAGCCAAAUAUACUUCACUACUUGAGCAAGCUAGGAAAGAAAUUGCUGAUAAAAAUAAUGAGCUGGAAGAAGUGAGAGAACAGUCCAUCACUCCUCAGAAAAUAGAUCAGCUCAAGAUUAAAAUAGCUGAAGACUUAGAAGGUCCAUUUAAAGAGAAGUUCAACAAACUGGACCAAGAUGUAGAGCAAUACCGCAAUGAGUAUAAUAAACUCAGAUAUGAAUACUCAUUCUUGAAGUCUGAGUAUGAGCAUGAACAGCAGGAAUUCAAACGUAUUACAGAUGAAAUGAAACUGCAACAUGAAGCUGAGGUGACAAACUUACGUAAAGAGCGAGAAACUGUGAUAGGAAAACUACAGCAAGACACAUCAUCAGACAACCAAAAGUGCCGUGUUUUGCAACGAGAGAACACACAAUUGAAUCUAAAGAUGAAAAGUUUGCUAGCGGAACUCGAGGAAAUAAGAGCUCAGAGAGAACACCUUGGUUUGCAGUCAGAUCAUGUUGCCAGGUUACAAUCCAAACAAAUAACUGAACAUUCUGCUAAUCUUCGAUCAUUAGAGACUGAAAAAGAAUCAUUGAAAUUACAAUGUGACAAUCUCCACAAGGAGCUUACCUCCAGUACAGAGCUCAACAAUCACCUCACUAACAAGGUACAUGAAUUGGAGAAAGAAAAUAUUGUGCUGAAGAAUCGUGCUGAGGAGGUCACUCACAAAAGCAAAGUAGAGGUAACAAAUGUUAAGAUGGAUGCUGUGAAAGAGAGAGGAGAUCUUGAACGUCAUCGAGAUCAACUCAUAAAUGAAUGUGAAGGUUUGCGCACCCAGCUAGAGAUUUUGCAGCACUCUGUUGACCAACAGGCAAAUGCCCUGGUAGAGAAAGAGAGGGAAUGUGUACGAAAGGUUCAGGCAGCCAGGGAAGAGGAGUGGCAGAAGACUAACAAGAUAGAAAAUGAAAAACUUGAGUAUGAGACGAAGCUUCAUGAGCUUGAGAGGAGGCGUAUAGAUGAAGAGACAGAGAGACACAGUCAGCAAGAGAAAAUGGAAGAGACAAUGAAGGAAGCUGCUGCAGCUAAAGAGGCAGCUGAGAAAGAAGCUGUCAUCCUAAGGAGCAAGAUGGCCGACCACCAGUCAGUAUUAGAGCAGCUGAAGCAUGAACAAUCAGACACUAAUACACUCAGGAACCGCAUACAUCAACUACAAACUGAACUAAACAAUGUAGCAUCAUCAGACCAACAACAGUCAGAGCAGAACCAAAAACUGAAAAAUCAAAUUGAAAUACUCACAAAUGAAGUGAAAAAUUCACGGGAACAAUUACGAAAUAAUAAAUUUGAAAAUGAAAAGACAUUAGCUCAACAUCGGGCAGCUUGGGAGGAUGAGAAACGCAAUUAUGAUAAGAGAGUUGAUGAGUUGGAUCAACAGGUUGCCAGUCAGAAUGCCAAGAUACAAGACGGUGAUACAGAAUUUAAAAAGAAGAAAAAGCAAUAUGCAAAGAUGGUGAGAAAGUUAAAGGACCGUUUACAGUUAAUGGAUGCCAAGACAGAGCAGCUCUCAUUAGAAAGAGAUAUGUUAAAGAAGGGUGUUUCUCAGGAAGUAUACCUCCAGAUGAAGCGUAAGCUGAAGGAUCUUCAGAAACGUCACAUGGAGUUCCGUAGUCUAUUAGUGCCUCAAGUGACCCAGGUCCCUAUAGGAAACAUGACCUUCGCUUCCGUCACCAUGGAUCCUUCCAUCAUACAGUUUGACCAGCAAAUGGAGCACCAACAAGAUUUAGACUUAAUCAAACAAAGACUUGAUCUAAUGGACAAGUCACAGCAACAGCAAAUGGAUGAGUUGCGUGGGGCAGCUGGACAAAAUAUGGAUAUAGGACCCAGUGUUCUCACAUCAACCCGAAAUGACAAUAUCGGACUAAGUGACUCAGAUGUUGAUCAAUCCUAGCACAUAAUUAUAUAUUCAAUACAGUAUAACAUGCAUUUAAAGUAGAGACAGUCAUGUUCAACUAAAAGUCCAAUUUGAAAUAGAUUGAUUUAUUGUCAUAGUUAAGAUCAAAAGAGGAUUGGCUCCCAGGGUUCCA